AUAACUAAACAGCUGUUCUACAAUAUUCGGUCGGGCAACUCAGACAAGCAGCAGCUGUACCUGUACGUGCGAGCAACGCCAGCCGUUUUCCUUGGAGUCGCGAUUGUUUGGCCAGUUGCUUUCUCAUUGUUGUGUCUUGCGCCGUGCCGUGUAGUGUGGAGAUUUGGUCUAUUCAUAAUAAUUCAAAGUUUAUUACUGCUACAGUAUUGACGUUUGAAGUGUGUGAAUUGCAAAAUAAUCCGAAGCUACGUUGGCGCUAUGUUUACCAAAAUUCAUCGUUGUUAUUGUGACUCGAGUUGAAAUGUCUUGUGAAUACGUGGACCGCGAGGAGAGUUCCGUUGUGCAUCUCAAUAGAAUCUUUUAAAAAGUGAAAUAGUUGUAUUGUAGGUUAGUAAAAUAGUAGUUGACAAUGUCUAGCACAGUUCCGACCAGCUCGGCGCUGAGGGCUCUGGCUUUGGAAUACAAAAGCCUGCAAGAGGAGCCCGUCGAGGGCUUUCGGGUGAAGCUGCUAGGAGACGACAAUUUGUUUGAGUGGGAAGUUGCAAUCUUUGGACCUCCAGACACAUUAUACCAAGGUGGAUACUUCAAGGCACAUAUGAAAUUCCCUUCGGAUUACCCAUAUUCUCCACCUUCCAUUAGAUUUUUAACAAAAGUGUGGCAUCCAAAUGUUUAUGAGAACGGCGAUCUCUGCAUAUCAAUCCUGCACCCGCCAGUGGACGACCCGCAGUCUGGCGAGCUUCCCUGCGAGCGCUGGAACCCGACGCAGAGUGUACGCACUGUGCUUCUCUCCGUGAUCUCACUGCUGAAUGAACCCAACACCUUCAGUCCGGCGAAUGUGGACGCCAGCGUCAUGUACCGCCGCUGGCGCGACUCGAAGGGAAAGGACAAGGAGUACGAGAACAUUAUCAGGAAACAAGCACAGGUGGCCCGUAUCGAGGCAGAGAAAGAAGGCAUUGUAGUACCACUCACAUUAGAAGACUAUUGCAUUAAGACGCAAGUCAAAUCGUCGACGCAGGAGCCGCAGCUGGACAUGACGGACUUCUACGACGACGAUUACGACGACCUCGACACGGACUCCGACGAGGAGCUCGAGGGCGGCGACGGCGACGCCGACGACAGCGGCAACGGCGAGUCGUGAGGCCGCGCCCCCCGCGCGCGCGCGCCCCCCGCCGCUUCCGCCAGGCGGCUGUAGCGCGGCAGCCAGUGCCGUAACUAACCUAUCAUAUGCCCGGUGCAAGCUGGCAGCGCUCUAGUCCUACGAUGUCUGUGCCUGGGCCCCGCUCGCACCGCCCUAGUUACGGCACUGUCGGGGAGUCGUGAGGUCGCGUCUCCGCCAGGCGGCUGUAGCGCUGCCGCAGCCAGUGCCGUAACUAGCCUACCAUUAUGCCCGGUGCGCUCUAGUCCUCAGGUCUUUUCGGGUGCCCCCACAAUCUCUGUGCCUGGGCCCCGCUCGCACCGCCCUAGUUACGGCACUGGCGGGGAGUCUUGAGGCCGCGUCCCUGCCUACGCCAGGCGGCUGUAGCGCUGCCACAGCCAGUGCCGUAACUAAAGCCCGGUCCGUGAGCACGUAGAAUUUUGUCCAAUGACCCCUAGCUCAUUAAAAAAAAACUCAUUUAUUUUUGCAAAUAGGCUUUAAAAAGCACUUUUACACGUCCCAAUAUUAACCCUACCACUGCUUCGGGACAAUAAAUGGGCCAGUGCUGAGAAGAAGCAGCGCAAGAAACUCAGUCACUAUUGUCAGCCUUCUUUUCAAGGGUUUACAGCUACCCAUCCUUAUCGCUCGCACGUUAUUAUAUUGCUGUCGCGACUGGCACCCGCAGUGAGUGUGUGAGCGCAAUAACAACAUAAUUACGCGCGAGCGAUAAGGAUGGGUAGCUUGGGGUCAUUGGACAAAAUUCUACGUGCUCACGGACCAGACUAUAGCCUACCAUACGCCCGGUGCAAGCUGGCAGCGCUCUAGUCCUCAGGUCUUUUCGGGUGCCCCAUCUCUGUGCCUGGGCCCCGCUCGCACCGCCCUAGUUACGGCACUAGUUACUUGUAAUGGGGAGUCGUGAGACCGCGCGUCUUUGUAGCGCUGCCACCACGACCAGUGCCGUAACUAGCCCUUAUAUCAGUGCAUGCAAAAAGCGCCCUUGACCGUCCUAGUUGCGGCACUGUAAUGGGGAAGCGUGAGGCCGCGUCUCCGUCAGGUGGCAGUAGCGCCCCCACCACAUAACCAGUUCCGUAACUAGCUUUCGGUGCAAGGCCCACGAUCUCUGCUGUGUGCCUGGGCCCCGCUCGCACCGCCAUAGUUACGGCACUGUCGGGGAGUCGUGAGGCCGCGUUCCCUGCCUCCGCCAGGCGGCUGUAGUACUGCCAGUGCCGUAAAUAGCCUUUAGACACCCCGCACACUACAGACUUUUUGUCGGCCAAUAGUUUGGUCGGGCUGUUAAUCAGUAUGAACGUAUGAAAGUCCGCACAUUUCACCGAUUUGAUAUUGGCUCCUCAUACAAAUUGAAAACUGACUAAACUAUCUUCCGAUUAAAAGUUUGUAGUCUGCGGGGUGUCUUUACGCCCAUUGUAAGCUUGAUAAGCCCUGGUCUUUCUGCGUCCUGGACCUGGGCCCCGCUAGCACCGCCCUAGUUACGGCACUGAUCGACACUAGCAUUGGGGCUGCACGUUGUACGGAUUACUACUUACCAACACUAGCAUCGGGGCAAUACACUGUAUGGACAACCCUACUACUUACCUACACUCUAGCAUCAGGACGUUAAGGGACAACACACACAUCGUUCUCACAGUCAUGUUGUUGUCAUCAACAACUCUACCUUUUAAAAAGGUCUCACUCAACCAAAUUCAGCACUUUAGUGUUGACGACAGAUUCAUUUAUUAGUCUUUCUAAAUGUUGUUGUUUUUUGAAAAUUUUAUUUUCCCUGGAGGAUUAACACAAAAUAAACUAUGUAAUCAUUUUAUUUGUUUCGCAGUUUCGUGACAAAUUUUCGGCUAAAUGACAUUCUUAACGUGGUUUCUAAAUAUUAUAAAUAUCGCUUUAAUGAUACUUACCUUCUAUUUUAACCUUUACUGUGUUCUAACUAAAUCUAAAUGUAUGUAUUGUAUAUCUCUUAGAAUUUGACCAGUGUACUUUGUUUGAAAAGAAAAUAUAUAAAAAUAAACUGUAACAUAAUUCACUUACUUUUAUAGACAUAAAUAUGUAACAUACACAUUCAACUUUUAAGUCGCUAAUAAAUGAUCCAAUUGAACAAAAGUUAUUUAAUUAAUAUUACUGUAUCAAUUAAUAGUUUAAAAUUUAUGAGACGCAAUAUACCUAAACAUUUUAUUUUCAAUCGGUCGAUCUCCACUUACAAAAUUAAUUGUGAGCGCGUUACGGUUGUGUGUCAAUAACAUAUUUUAUGCAUAAAAAUAGUUUUGGUAUCAAAUGGAGAUGCAGCAUCAGUUGGUAUGUCCCCUUUUAGAUGCUAGUGGAGUCUUAUUAUGUAUAUGUAGAAAUAUUAGUCAUAGAAACCAGGCAAAACAGUCCUAGCCUUGCGGAGCGCACUCCUAUUUGCCGUACUAGUUAAUGAUUAACUUGUGCUAAUCAUUUUAUCACAUUACCUACUUAUUUGCCCUUUACUGUCUUAGUAGAAAUGGAUAGUUAAUAUUAUUAAUUAAAGUGAAUGAGUCCUUUUCCUUCCUUUAUCUUCUUACUAUCUGAUUACGUAACUGUUAGGAUUACAAUUUAUAUAAUAAUGUAGAGAAAUAUUAUAAUUAAUUUUGUCAAUAACAUGACUUCUGUGAUUAUAAAACGUAUUGCCUAUAUUGUUUCAUUUUAUAGGACAUUUUGUUUAAUUCAUUAUUAAUGUUAUCUGCAGUUUGAAUCUUUCUAUUUUUGGAGCAUUUUAAAUAUUGUAAUAAUUUUGAAUGGAUCUUGCAAUUCAUUCCUUUGUUGUGUUGGUUUUUAUUUGAACUCGAGGAAAAUAUUUAAAGUAUUUUUACAUGAAUGUACCUAUAUAUUUUGAACUUACUAUUUCACGUGUGGAUUAUAUUAUGUACUACGUAACUUACAUGACGACAAAAUCCGUUGUAUAGAGAUUUUAAUAUAACUCGUCUAUUAGAAUCUGCUCAAUCAAAAUAUGCUAACAAGACGCAGUAUAAUGUGUUAGGUUUAGAGGACAUUCAUAAUGAUGAUCGAAAUUAUUUGUAAUAUAAAUACGUUAAGAACCUAAGUGAAAAUGAAAUUUAAUGGUUAGUGUGCACUAAGAUAAAUUUAUAUACCUAGAUAUUAUAUAACUUAUAUAUUGUAACUUGUACGAUUCUUUAAGAUUAGAUUUAUCAACUACCUACAGUUUUGGCUUCAAAAUUUCUAUAUAGCUGUGCAUGUACAACAUUAUCUUGUAAUAUCUGAUUAGAUGCUACUUUCUUAAUAAUUCAUUAAAGUAUAAUAAUGUAACUCCUCUCAGUUGGUCGCUAAAAGUAAUAAAUUCUUUUUGGGUAAUAAUAACAAAUCGUCCAAAACUUAACAGUUAGUUUAGAAUUAAGCUACCUACGUCAUAAGUUGUUUGAAGAUUGUAGUAGAGAAAUUUCACGACGAGAAUGUUAAUUACAUUAUGAUAUAAUAAACAGAAUGUGUUUGAAUGCGAAA